AUGUUUCUCCAGCUACUGCAAGUGCCAAGUGUAGCCGAUAGUGGAAAAUAUCUGGACCAAUAUAGCUUUAUUGAUGAUGAUUUUCCAGAAUAUUACCCCUUGGUACUCAAAAAAGUGAUGUUCACUCCGGAAAAUACAGUUCACUAUCAGGUUUAUUCAAACAAUUCCACUCCGGAGUGGCAAUCUAUUUUCCCAAGCGGAGGAGGAUUUCUCCAAUUAGGGAAUGAUGGACAAAGAGUCAUGGGGCUCUCAAUGUUCCACCAACUCCACUGCUUGGCACGCAUUCGCAUUGCAAUGAAAACAAAUCACCAAACUCCCCAUGUGCAUCAUUGCUUCAACUAUAUCAGACAGAUGAUAUUAUGUGAUGCAAACCCAGCAAUUGAGCCAGUUAUUCCCAUUUUGGGAAUGAAGAGUGUGAAUGCAGAGGUUCCCCAUAUCUGUAAUGACUGGUCUCAAGUGUAUCAUAUGGCUACAAACAACUAUGAAAGUAGUACAGGGAUUCAAUAA